AUGUUGUGUGGAAUCUCGGGAGAGACUCCCCAGGAGCCUGUCGCCUCGAGGAAGUCUGGCCAAGGCGCCGUCUUCGAGAAGCGCCUCAUCGAAAAGUACAUCACGGAGAAUGGCACCGAGCCCGGAACCGGCGAAGCCCUGACGACCGACGACCUCCUCCCCCUCUCCCAGUCGCACAUUGUCCGGCCACGACCCCCAACGCUGACAUCGAUCCCCGCCCUCCUCGCGACCUUCCAGAACGAAUGGGACGCGCUGGCGCUCGAGACGUAUAACUUGAAGGAGCAGCUGGCCCGCACCCGUGAGGAGCUCGCGACGGCUCUGUACCAGCACGAUGCUGCGGUUCGCGUCAUUGCGCGGCUGACGAGGGAGAGGGACGAGGCGAGGGACGCUCUUUCGAGGGUUACUGUCACGGGUGGCGCGGCCAAUGGCGAUGCGAUGGCCGUCGAUUCGGUCGAGACGCUUCCGGAGGAGGUGGCCGAGAGGGUGGCAGCGAAGCACCAAGAGCUCUCCAAGUCGCGCAAGAAGCGCCCCGUUCCCGAAGGCUGGGCGACGCCCGAGGAACUCGCGGCUUUCCAGACUACGGCCUCCACAACGCUGCCCGUCCCCCACACCUCUUCGCUCGCCCUCGAGGGGGACUAUGCGGCCAUCGCAGGACCCGAAGGCAAUGCCGCUAUCUACUCGAUCGACUCUGACAAGCUCGAGCGACAUGUCCAGAUCGGCCAGCCAAUCACCGACACCGUCUGGACGGGCAGCAAGCUCAUCUUCUCGACGACGCAAGGCACCGUCAAGGUCUUUGAGAGCGGCAGCGAGAUCGCCUCGCUGGCCGAAAAUGCCGGUGCUGUCACUGCCCUCGCGCUGCACCCUCUUGGCGACCUGCUCGCCUUCGUCGGUCAGGACAAGAGUAUUGUCUUCUACGACCUGUCGACCAUGUCGCGUGUUAGCCGCACCUACGGCGAUGCCGCCCCCGCCCCAGCUCUCACAUGCUGCGCUUUCCACCCGGAUGGCCACAUUUUCGCCGCCGGCACGGCCACCGGCGAACUCAAGCUCUUCAUGACGGCCACGCUCGACGUCGCAGCGUCCUUCUCCCUCGGCGCCCCCAUCCAGGCGCUCGCCUUUUCCGAGAACGGCUUCUGGGUCGCCGCGACGGCCAAGGGCCAGAGCUCUGUGACCAUUUUCGACCUGCGAAAGGAGGGCGAGGCGGCCAAGGCCAAGGUCCUCGAGACGGGCGGCUCGGUGCAGUCGCUCGCCUGGGACUACUCGGGCCAGUUCCUCGCGACAGCCGGCGCCAGCGGCAUCACGGUGCAGCAGUACACCAAGAGCUCCAAGUCGUGGUCGGAGCCGUUCCGCAGCUCCGUCACAGCCGUGGCCGUCCGGUGGGGCGACAAGGCGAGGCAGCUCGUCUCCGUCAACGGCGAGGGCGUCGUGUCCGUGUUUGGUGUCAAGGAGGGGUAA